AUGAGAGAAUCUUGCCUUUGUUCGGGUCAUUCAUCGUGAUUUUGUGGUGUCUGAUUUAUUUAUUUAUUUUUUCGCGUUUCGGUUCUAUGCUUGUUGAUCCGGGUCGAAUGGAUCUAGCUCGAUGAUGUUCUGGUUUUCCGAUUGCGGUUUGUUGAUUACUCCUGGCAGGCGGCGUUUCUCGUCGGUUACCGAUUUUCUUUUCAUUUGGAGCAUAUUUGUCGAAUUGACGCUGGAGAUUAAAUCUCGAUGGGGCGGAAGAAGCCUUCCACGCGAGACGAGGACAAUCAAGCUCCUGCGGCCACUGGUAAGUCGAAGAAGAAGUCCCUCGUCGUUGACGACGACGAGUACUCGAUUGGGACUGAUUUAUCUGAAGAGCCAGCGGCGCAAGUUCUGGAGGAGAAGUUACCUGCUGCCGGAAAACAGAAGGGCAUAAAGGGGGCUGCGAGGGCUCGACCAACUACAGAGGAGGAGGAGGAGGAGGAUGUGGAGGAGGGGGUUGGAGAGGACGAUGAGGAUGCUCCAGCAAUGGCACUUAGAGGGAAAAAGAAAAUGAAAUCGAAGAAAGGGGGAAAAAGUGCAUUCUCGGCCUCGAAUUUCGGGCUGCUUGGAGAAGAGGGUGAAGAUAAUGAGGAUGUGUCUGUUGCAUCUAGUGUGACUGGUGGUGGGGAUAGUGAUGAUGCGGAGGACGAACCGGUCGUGAGCUUUUCGGGCAAGAAGAAGCUUUCUAAGAAGAAUAAUAAAGGUGACAGCUCGUUUUCUUCUUCAGCUUUUGAUGCCUUAAAUGAUCAGGAAGGAGAUGACGGGGAGGUGAUCCACAGUGAUGAUAGAAUAGAUGGCAACAGCGAUGAUGAGGCAGCACCGGUUAUUGCUUUUACUGGGAAAAAGAAGCCCUCUAAAGGGAGCAAGAAAGGUGCCAGUGCAUUUAGUGCCUUGGGUUUUGGGGCUUUGGAUGACGGGGAAGAAAAUGAGGACAAGAAAGACGACGAUGAUGAGGAAGACAUUUCUAUUACCUUCUCUGGUAAAAAGAAGAAGUCUUCCAAGCCCUCAAAAAAGAACAGCAAUUCUUUUAGUACAGCCUUACUCGAUGAAGGCGAACAAGAUGAGGAAGGGAAGAAAGAUGAAGAUCACGAUGAAGAUGUUGCUGCUAUCACUUUUUCGGGCAAGAAGAAGAAGUCUUCUAAGCCCUCAAAGAAGAGUGCUAAUUUAUUUAGUGCUGCUUUUGAAGGUGAUGAGGAUGAUUCUUCUGUAGUGGAAGCUCCUAAAGCCAUUGAUGACUCUGUUGACAGAGACGAGGGUCUGGCUGUCUCCUUUUCAGGGAAGAAAAAACCUUCGAAGAAGAAGAGUAGCAUUGUCUCUGAUGUAGUAGAACCGCAGCAACCCGAUGUACCACUGAAUGAUUUGGAAGUGAGUAAGAAAAGUGAAGAUGCACCAGAAACUUCUAAGAACAAGAAGAAGAAGAAGAAAAGUGGAAGGACUGCUCAGGAAGAGGACGAUUUGGAUAAAAUACUUGCUGAGCUGGGUGAAAUGCCUUCUGUAUCAAAACCUAGUGAGCCACCACCGGAAGAGGAGAAAGCCUCUGUCCAGCCUGAGUCAGUUGCCCCUACUGAACCUGCUGCCGAAAAAGAAAUUGAAGAAGAAAGUUUGGAAUCUGCUGCAGCAAAGAAGAAGAAGAAAAAGAAAGAAAAGGAAAAAGAGAAGAAAGCAGCAGCUGCAGCGGCUACUGCUGCCGUUGUUGACAUUAAAGAAGAAAAACUUGAAGAAGUAAAGAGUGAAACUGCCACUUCCAAAAAGGUUGAUGCUAAGGGUAAAGCUGCUGACAAGAAAGUGCCAAAACAUGUUAGGGAGAUGCAGGAGGCACUUGCUAGAAGGAAGGAAGCUGAAGAGAGGAAAAGAAGAGAAGAGGAGGAGAGACAAAAGAAGGAAGAAGAGGAGCGACGCAGACAAGAAGAACUUGAGAGGCAAGCAGAGGAGGCUAAGCGUAGGAAAAAGGAAAGGGAAAAAGAGAAGCUUCUAAAGAAGAAACAGGAAGGUAGGCUUUUAACAGGAAAGCAGAAAGAAGAGGCUCGGCGGUUGGAGGCCAUGAGGAAUCAGAUACUUGCUAACACUGCAGGUUUGCAUAUAUCUGCUGGAGAAACUAGUGGUGCCCCGACAAAACGGCCCAAGUAUCAGUCCAAGAAAUCAAAACAAGCUCAGCACCAGGCAAAUGGUGCUGCCCCUGUGAAAGAAGUGCAGAGCAUAGAAUCAGAGGAAAUUAUGCAGGAGCCUGUAAUUGAGGCAGAUACAGUGGAAUCAGAGAAUGUCGAAGAAGUAGAUACAAUGAGUGUGGAGGAGAAGUCAGAAGUCACUGAUGCAGCUGAAGAGAACGGAAUGGAGGAAGAGGAUGAUGAGGAAUGGGAUGCAAAGAGCUGGGAUGAUAUUAAUAUCUCUGUCAAAAGCUCCUUUGCUGAUGAAGAGGCCGACUCUGAGCCUGAACCAGUUAUGAAAAAGGGUUUAAGGAGUGCGGCACCUGUGUCUCGUACUACAGGUGCUCCUGCUGCUGGGAAGUCAGCUGUUGCUCCCAAGAAGGCCGUAGUUUCUGAGCCUGAAAAGUCCCAAAUAGUUGAAACGAGGAAAAGCCUUCCAGAAGCUGAAGUGAUGGAGAAGAACAGGCGAAAAGCUGCUGCUGUACAAGAAGUGUCUUUUUCUGAUGCCACAUUUAACCCAAGUGGACACAACCUCCGUUCCCCAAUUUGUUGUAUUAUGGGGCACGUUGAUACAGGUAAGACCAAGCUUCUAGACUGCAUCCGAGGCACUAAUGUGCAGGAAGGUGAAGCUGGGGGUAUUACACAGCAGAUUGGUGCCACAUACUUCCCAGCCGAGAACAUAAGAGAGAGAACUAAAGAACUGGGAGAUGCAAAACUGAAUGUGCCUGGACUAUUGGUUAUUGAUACCCCAGGACAUGAAUCAUUCACGAAUUUAAGGUCACGGGGUUCAGGUUUAUGUGACAUUGCCAUCCUGGUGGUUGACAUAAUGCAUGGCUUGGAGCCACAAACCAUAGAAUCACUAAAUCUUCUGAAGAUGAGAAAUACAGAGUUCAUUGUGGCGUUAAAUAAGGUAGACAGAUUGUAUGGUUGGAAAACAUGUCGAAAUUCACCAAUUAUCAAAGCAAUGAAGGAACAAACGAAAGAUGUACAGAACGAGUUCAAUAUGAGGCUCACGCAGAUUAUGACUCAGUUCAAGGAGCAGGGCCUAAAUACCGAAUUAUAUUACAAAAAUAAAGAGAAGGGUGAAGUUUUCAGUAUUGUGCCUACAAGUGCUAUUAGUGGCGAGGGAGUCCCAGAUUUGUUGCUAUUACUUGUUCUGUGGACUCAGAAGACAAUGGUCGAAAAAUUAACAUUUAGGGAUGAAGUUCAGUGUACUGUGUUGGAAGUCAAGGUGGUUGAAGGCCAUGGAACAACUAUCGAUGUUGUUCUAGUUAAUGGUGUGCUACAUGAAGGAGACCAAAUUGUUGUUUGUGGCUUGCAGGGGCCGAUUGUCACUUCUAUAAGAGCUUUGCUGACCCCCCAUCCAAUGAAGGAACUUCGUGUUAAGGGAACAUAUCUGCACCAUAAAGAAAUCAAAGCUGCUCAGGGUAUCAAGAUCACUGCUCAGGGUCUGGAACAUGCUAUUGCUGGUACUGGUUUAUAUGUGGUGGGACCUGAUGACUAUUUGGAGGAUGUGAAGGAUGCAGCUAUGGAAGAUAUGAGAUCUGUUAUGAGCAGGAUCGACAGAAGUGGUGAAGGGGUAUGUGUACAAGCAUCUACACUUGGUUCUUUGGAAGCAUUGCUGGAAUAUUUGAAGUCCCCGGAAGUGAGUAUCCCUGUCAGUGGUAUAAGCAUUGGUCCUGUCCAUAAGAAGGAUGUGAUGAAAGCCAGCGUAAUGCUUGAAAAGACGAAGGAAUAUGCCACGAUCUUGGCUUUUGAUGUCAAAGUGACUCCUGAAGCUCGUGAACUGGCAGAUGAAUUGGGAGUGAAGAUUUUUAUUGCAGACAUCAUUUACCACCUUUUUGACCAAUUUAAGGCUUACAUCGACACAAUUAAAGAGGAGAAGAGGAAGGAAGCUGCUGACGAGGCAGUUUUCCCAUGUGUCCUUAAAAUUUUACCAAACUGUGUUUUCAACAAGAAGGAUCCCAUUGUUUUGGGGGUUGAUGUUCUUGAAGGCAUUGCCAAGGUUGGUACUCCAGUUUGUAUUCCGCAAAGGGAGUUCAUUGAUAUCGGUCGGAUUGCCUCUAUUGAAAACAAUCAUAAACCAGUUGAUACUGCCAAGAAAGGCCAGAAGGUUGCCAUUAAGAUUGUUGGCUCAAAUCCUGAGGAGCAGCAGAAGAUGUUUGGCCGGCAUUUCGACUUGGAAGAUGAACUUGUCAGUCAUAUCACAAGGAGGUCAAUUGACAUUCUCAAAACGAAUUACAGGGAUGACUUAUCUAAUGAAGAAUGGAGGCUGGUGGUGAAGCUGAAGAACCUUUUCAAAAUACAGUGAGACUGGAUUGAUGGGUUUGUGAGAACCGCGCUUUUCCAUAUCAGGGGCUCUCACGAUGCGCCCGUUCUGAUCGAGGGUUGGGAAUCGGAUAUCAUUCAGACCAAUUUUUUUGAGGCAAAACUUGAUGGCUGAACCCCUAUGUCAAGGGGGAGGGAGAGAGAGAGCCCUGCAUCAGUUCGUUCUACCUCAUUGCAUGAGGAAGUCCCUCUGUUGUCCGACCGACUUUUGUUGGAUCUUGAGUGUUGUCAUGUCGAUUUAUUUUUUCUCUUUGGUAUAGAUAGUUUGGGAUUUCGAGAGAAAUACAAGGUCCAUAUACAGUGAGCGCCCUUGUGCAGCGCCCAAGUGCUGAGAAUAAUCGUGUAAUCUUUUCAACAAGAUGCACGCAACUUCUGUGGCAGU